AUGCCAGGCGUCGGUCGGUUGCUUGCUGCUCUUGUCUUUCCACCUGGCAUUAUUAUGGUCACCUUGACUGGCAUUGAUCUCUGCACAACAUCAUUCAUGUUUACCAGUAUCGCAGUGUUCCAUCAAAGGCUUUCGAUAUGGCGAGCUUUGUUGCAUUGGGUGAUCAGCUUCUUCGGUAAUUUGGCGGGUGCUCUCUUCAUGGUGUGCGUCAUCUUUGGAUAUGGCGGCAGCUUUGACAGCGACCCCUGGAAAACAGCGCUUGCCAACUUUGCGACGACUCGUCAAGUCAAGCCGACCUGGCCGAUGCUUUUUCUUCGCGGUAUAGGCUGCAACUGGCUGGUGUGCUUGGGGUGUUUCUUCGCGAUGCAGGGCCGAGGCUUGGUUGCUAAAGCUGUCGCCCUAUACAUCCCAAUAUUCACCUUCGUUGUUCUGAGCUUUGAUCAUGUUGUUGCCAAUAUGUUCUUCAUACCAAUGUCGAUAUGGGUAGGACAUCCGUCUGUCACGAUUGGGCUAUACAUCUGGAAAGGUAUCCUACCAGUGUUGAUGGGCAACAUUUUGGGCGGCAGUGUGAUGUGUGGUGCUUAUCAUCAUCUGAUGUAUUCGUGGAGGACUCCCGAACACGAGCCAGCAGCACUCUCGCCUAAGUCCGACCUGGAGUCAGGUCUCUCACGACGACCAUCGUCAUUGACAUGCGUGGUCACGGAAACAGGCUCGGCCGCUACUGCACAGAUUGUACCCAAAGACUGA